AUGGGUUGGACACUCACCGUUCUUGGGGUGGCUUUAGCCAUUGCCGUCGUGGCUAGCGCCGCCCUAACAUUCUCCAGAAGAAGGUAAUUGUACAACAUCGUUUUAACAAACACCGUUCGUUGAUAGCUGACAUAUCGACUUGACGAUAAUAACUUUUUUAAUUCACGGAGAAAUUUUAUCGUUGCCGGUCUUAAGCUUAUAGAUGUACGUUAUUUCUACAAAAGAUUAUUAAAUAUAAUUAUUGCAUUAACUGACUAAGCAUAAUAUAAUUCAUUAAAGUUCUAGUAUCAUAGAAAAACAAUACUAUGAAUAAAUGUUUAUAGAUGUACGUUAUUUCUACAAAAGAUUAUUAAAUAUAAUUGUUGCAUUAACUGACUAAGCAUAAUAUAAUUCAUUAAAGUUCUAGUAUCAUAGAAAAACAAUACUAUGAAUAAAAUGCUUAUCUCCUUGAAAAAGUCAUCGUUUCUCUUGAAGUCCUAAAGUUUUCUAAAAUUUUGAGCAACAGCGUAUACCAUUUCUAAUAACCAAACUGCGAAUAUUAAUUUUUCAUAUUUGCGAAUGUAAAUUUAUAUCUUCUGGGAAUUCAUAUUGGAAUGUAAUUAACUGAAUUUUUGCUGACGAACUAUUAAUUCAAUUUCAAUUAUUUAUAAAUAUAUGUUUGUUCAGAUAGAUGAAAUUCAUUUUAUCAUUCAAUAAUGUCCGAAUGAUAAAAGGUUUUUCUAAAAAUUUUAAAAAGAUACAGUGUUGUUUGUAAUAAGAGGCGUUGAUUGAUGAUCAAGUAGAUUUAGAAUUGAAUAACAGGAUGGAUAAGGCGUAAGAGUCAGGCUAUUGCUAAUGGCUUCCAUCCCUCUCCCGUUCGUUCUUCCGUAAAAGACCGAUAGUAACAAUUCUUACAAUUGUACAGGCCGGCUGUAUCCAUGAUAGCUCAAAGAGUCUUUCAAGUGAUAACCUCGAGUGAUGUUUUCUUGUUUCUGUAUUUUCUCUGCAUUACACAACAGGUACAUCCGCGAAGACCGGUAAAUGCAACACGUGCAACAGGUUAAAGGGUCAUUCAGCUACCAAUUGUAUCAGAAACUUCCUGUCUUGCCCUUUUCUGUCUUCGAGUUCAUUCCUCGUCGCGUAAAACGAUCCCUUCGCGUAGAAACGAGGCAAUAUUAUACGAAACAUGAUAACGGGCAUCGUUCAUCGUCAGAUUCGUUAAAGGACAAAGCACGAACCUGAGAAUUUAUAACAAACGUAAUAACAAGUUGCCAGCCAGAAGUUCGUGCUUUCAAUUCGAUUGUCGAAGCUACGAUUAUUCUACUAGCUCUAGGCACUUCUCAAAUAAAUCUUAUUCGUUGAAAAAGUUCUGCUCGGUUAGUUUUGAUUUUUGUACAACGAUACUUUUAAGUUUUAAUCGUUAAAUAUAGAAAAGUAUGAAAAAAAUUAAUAUAUAAGAGCCAAUGCAGUAGGAUAUACUACAACUUAAUGAACAGUUCUUUUCAUUAGGGCAAAAUACUUAGAACAAACGAAUAUGUUACAAAAAACACGAAUAAAGCAUAUGUGCAAGAACAAUUUAAGCAUGUGUGCAAAAUUUAACAACAGACUAAAUUUAUAAUACAUUUAUUAUAUAACAAAUGAAUUCUAUAACGUACAAAGUUAACGAGUUAAUUCAUUAUAGAAUACCCUCUUGUACAUACAUGUAAAUUUAUAAAUCAUUCAGAUAUGGGAGGUAGAAAUAAAAAAAGGACUAACCUAAGCCCUUUUCAUGCGAGAUCUGUUAAAUGACUAUUAACCGAGAAUGCAGCGAAAUUUUAUUUCACCUUUAAUAUCGCGCUUACGAAAAUUGAUUUUCCUCGCUGACCCCUUUGACGAGCGCACAUCUCUAUUCACUUAAUAAUAGCAUAUUCCCACGUGCUUGCGAGUACGCUAUUAGUCUACCAUAGGAUCGAGCGCUCCGUGUGACCAAACACUUCUCCUACUCUCAUAUCGGAUGUUAAAAAAAAAAAAAAAAAAAAAAAAAAAAAGGAAGAAGAAGAAGAAAAAAGAGGAGAAAAAAAUGACUAGAUUCAUGACACUUUUAUUACAACGUAGAAUUGUUCGAUUAAUCAGAAACCAAUGGACCCGUUAAAUGUCAAUAUUUUCAAUAAUUUUCGAGUAUCUUAGCCCCAUAUCGUAGCCUAAAAAGCUUCCACCAGUGAUAACACGAUUGUUCCACCUCGAUAUAAUACUGCAAAAACUUGCCGAAUUUCCGAUCAUUUUUAAGCCGUAACUUACCUACGACUGCUACUAACGAUUGUUUGGAAUGUAGAUAUGUCUUGCAAUGUAGAUAUUGUAUCAGCUGGCAAUGGGACACUAGAAACAUCUGGAACAUCUGCGAGGAAUGGCGACAGAAACUUUCUUGGUUGUGGGCGCCGCGGGAAGAAAAGGUCGGUUUAGUGAAAGCACAACAUCCAACGGCCCAGACAAUCCCCGGUUUGUAUCGGCAACCUGGGAACACGUCCCAGCAUCUGCUUCACAGCGACAGCGACCUGAGACUUGAUGCACAGGGAGCUUUCACCAGGUUCGAACCGGUGGACAGAGAUCUCCAUCCGCCUCUGGGCACCACCACCGGCAGUACGAUACCGCCGCAACCCUUAAGACCAGCACCUCAACCAAGGCCAACUGCUCGUCCAAGACCGUCUCCACUUCAAACCUCGAGUACCGUAGACUACCUGAGAAUGCAAGAGGCUGGUCCGAUACCUCUGACACCACCGCCAUCGUUGCAGAGACCAUCGGUACCGUCGAGAUCCACCGGCCCGUCGGUCUUCCUUUUCCAGAGCGAACCGAUGAAAAAUUACGGUCUGCACAAGCCAUCGACCGACCACGGUUCGUUCAGAUUCGACGGCGAGGCAACGAAGACCAUGACGGAGAGUAUUCAAAUGACACCGUACGGCUCGCAGAAUCACGUCGACCCGGCGAGACUGAGAUACGAGUUCGAGGAAGAACUAAGGAAAGAGCAGAACAGGCACAAUCCUUACAGACAGUUCGAUACCGGGAUCGAGUCGACCAGGAUCAGAUACGGUGUACACGGUGUGCCUAUAGCUACCCUGGAUGAUAAAGGGGACGAGGAUGGCAACACGAGCUACGGUAGCUACGACAUCGUCCAAAGGAGUCGCAUAAUACGGCAACAUGUCCGGAAUGACUCGAGAGGCUCGCCAAGCAGUUUCGGUAUGACGAAUUCUUCGAAUGCCGCCAGCCAGACUACCAUGGAAUCGAUAUACGGGUCCGAGGAGCUGCCUAAGAUGUUUCAGAGCACUCAGAGUCUCGGUAACGACCUCGAUCGCAAGAGCAACGAGAUGCAAAGCAUCGAGAUGACACCCUUUAGAAGCUCCAGCCUUCAGGAGAACAUCGGCCCGUCCUACUUGUUCCGCGAGUCUCAAGGGUUGCAGAAGGUCUCGCAAUAUAUUCAGAGCCUGCCGGACCUUCCGAUAUACAACUCGAUCAACGAACUCGCACUCCAUCAAGAUCAGGAUCGCGUGCUCUACGACGACACGAUUCAGGAAUCGAUCAACGCGUUGAAGGUUAACAGCGAGACGGCCUCCAGUCCGAUACCGCCGCCACCCGCGCCGCCUGAUCCGCCGAAAGAUGUGCCAAAAAAGAACGGACAGACAACCGGCGAGAGAAUAUUCAACGCUCUUAGAUUGGUCACAUCGCAGAGUUAUAUCGACGCCUCAGAAUUUUAUAACUCGGUCGUAUCCUCGGCACAAGUUCAACGUUUCACGUUCUCAUCGAGAUCUCCGUCGUUGGUGGAGGAAAGCACUGGUAACCAGUUGCAGGAUGAAGUUCAAGACAUUUACGCGGAGAACGAUUCUGACAUGAUAGGUCCUGAUGGCUCCAGACGUAGUUCUGAUCUUUACAGUCCUGAACUCAAUUUAGAAGCACACAGAACUGCGCAAGAGGUAUACAAUAGUUUACAAGAUCCACCGUCGUCGCCAUUGUUACUUAAAGAUCACAAUCAAGAGAUUUACACGUACAUGACUGAUCCUAGCUUCACAAGAACCUCGGAGUUUCUUCACGUUGAGAUACAAUUCGAUCUGCAGAGUUUCAUCGCGAAUUACACCAUGAACGAUUACAAUGACAUCAACCCUGGAAGUCGUCGUGGACCCCAGGGACCUGAUCCAGAACCUCCGCCGGAUGAAUCGAAUCUGAAGCGGGCAGUAAGUUGCGAAAGCGUAUGCUCCGACACGAGUGUAGUGUUAAACGACCUCGAAGAAGCGCCUAUCGUCGGCCACGUGUGCGUCGGUGUCCAAUACGACAGAUGGAGUGGUCGGAGUGCUGAUAGCGAGGGUGAUCUCGCGGUCAGCGUCCUCGAAGCCAGAGAUCUCAUCACACCGGAUGGACAACCUGCUCAAGAUACUUUUGCUAGAGUUUGUCUGUUGCCAAACAGAGAAUUACACGUGAAAACGAGACUGUACAGAAGAAGUCCAUCGCCUAGUUAUCAAGAAAAUUUUCUGUUCCCUCUGGACGAUGGUCCCAGUGGAAGAACUCUUCUCGUCGAAAUAUUCUCCGAUGAGACCAGUAUCGGUGAUGGAACGAGCCUCAUCGGAGAAGCUAGGUUACGUCUAGGACCCGCUUCAAGAGCACCUGCGACUACAUGGUUACCACUUUUGGGGUCAGCUUUGCCUACGCCAAAACUCGGGGAGUUAAUGUUCUCUUUAAGUUACUUACAAACGGCUGAAAGGCUUACCCUGGUGGUUGUGAAGGCCAGGAAUUUACGUGGCGCCAAUGCAGUAGCCGGUGAUUUCUUCGUUAAGGUGUACUUGCUACAACAAGGAAAGAAGAUUCACAAGAAGAAAACAUCUGUGAAAAAAGGAGAAGAAAGUCCAAUAUUCAACGAGGCAAUUAUUUUUAACGUGCCCACUCAUACUCUGCAGAACAUACAGAUAAGACUAACUGUAGCGGAAGUGAACAAUGACCAGGGCGUAAAUUCGAAGCCAUACUCCGUCGGACAUGUGAUCGUGGGACCCACGUCGGCAGGAAGAGCGUUCGUUCACUGGAGACAAAUGUUGGCUGCUCAAAGGCGCCCUGUUGCCAUGUGGCAUCCGCUCAGAAAAUGAAAGGAACAGGAACGAUGUUGAACGAAAAUGUAGGAACAAAAAUCUACAUGGAUUUAAAGUAUAUUUGGAGAACGGAGGCGUUCAUACAUAGACAUAAUGUUAUAGCAAAUUAUCCUGAUGCUCCUCCGGGUUUUGAACUGUUCACUUUUUAAAGAUCACUUGGAUUCGUACAAAAUCAUCGAAAGAGUACAUUAAACG